CAUGGCAUAGCUUACAGAUCACAACUUGUAGAGGAAUGAAAUCGGGAUGUCAGACUAUACAUUGCUCAACUUGACGGGCUUGCCUCUCUCCAUCGACACGCCGGACAAGACCGCCAGCUCGUCAAUCGUCGAUCGAAACGUCACCGCGUUCAUUACCGAUACAGAUCGUCCGGACCAGGUUGUCACCGCUACUCUACCUCUCAAGUCAAGGCGAAUACGAAAUCGUGAUGUAGGAUGGCGGGAGAUACCCCUGAAGAUGGCUUCGGAUCGAGCCUCUGUACGGACGGACAAGAUGCCGCUGCUGGACAAGGUCGCCGAAAUUGUCACCAAUAGUCAAGAUAUACCGGGCUACAAAGCUUUCUUCAAACAGGCUAAAAACCCUUGUGAUCCCAGCACCGUGCUCGUCUUGCCCCGGAUCGACCUCGCUAGACACCUAUCGGUCAUGCCCGAUCGCACAUCGCUAGCCGACUUGUUACUACCAGGAACCCACGACAGCGUCGCCUUCUACGGAUGGCCUUUCACACAAUGUCAAGAGAUCGGCUGUACGCUGACGACCCAGCUCAACGAGGGUAUCCGGUUCUUCGACAUCCGGCUCAAGUUGAAAAGAGGCAUCUUGCUCGCCUUUCACGGUCCCUGGCCGCAGCUGACGACCUUUCCAACGAUGCUCUCCGAGAUCUCCCAAUUCUUGGAGAUCAACCCUCAUGAGACCCUGAUCGUAUGCAUCCAACAAGAGACUUCAUUGCACCCGGACUUCAGCCGGACGGUGAAGGAAGAUAUGCAAGCGACGAUAGACGCCGGAAAGUGGUUCUUAGAAAACCGGGUCCCGACGCUUGGAGAGGUCCGGGGGAAAGCCGUCUUGAUGAGCAGGUUCGGGGGCGGUGACGGCCCAGACGGGUCGAUCCCCUGGGAAGUGCCUGUAGGGUGGGGACGUAACAAGGAAGUGAGGAUGGGUUGGAGACCGAAUCGAUGGCCGGAUUCGGUCAUCGAGGGGUUCGAGUGGGAAUGCGGUACGACCGAGGUGCGGACGCAGGAUUGGUACGAGAUUCAUGGCGUUUUCAACAUUCCUGCCAAAUCGAGCGUCCUCACGGACCAUCUAUUAUCCGGCAGCCACCUUCCGUCUCGAUCCAACCUCACCCUCUCGUUCUCAUCAGCCGGCUCCAUCCCUUUUGCCCUCCCGUCCUUUGUCGCCAAGGGUUUCGGCUGGCCGGAUUGGGGUCUCGGGUAUCGUGGGGUCAACGAACUCUUGCGAGACUGGUUGUUGGACCGUUUAGAAGCCCAAGCCCAGGCUCGGCAUCGAGGUCCAGGUUCAAAACCGAGCUCGGGUCCAGCGGAUGAGGAAGAAAGGAUCAGAGGGAUCGUGCCGAUGGACUAUUACCGCAAGUUUGGGAUCGUGGACGUCAUGCUCGCGUACAAUACAGUACAAGUAGGUUUGAAGACCGAAUUGUACGCUUAAUUAACAGCUCAUGCAGAGGACGAACGAGUUCAAGCGAGUGACUCCUUUCAUGCGUCGUUACGAUGCCUUGACCCCUUGUUCGCUUCUCGCCGCUAGCCUCAAACACCCUUCCUGUGGUUGAGCCCUGGGUCGCAGGUCAAGCUACGUGAUCUCAUUACCCUUCAUUGAACAAUAUGA